GAAAAUGCAAUUCAAACUCUUGACUCUCGCUCUCUUUGCCAGCUUCUUUGCUACUGGCUUUACCGCAGCUGUUGACACUGGUAGUGCUGCCCAAGACAUAGCUCCCAUCGUUGGUGGCUUGACAAAAGAACAAAAAGCGUUUAUCAAACCGAUCGCUGACAGUCUGGGUUUUACAGACCUAGAUACAAUGCAGGCCAAGUGCUUGUUUGAUACUGUUAGUACCAUACCUGGUGUUUUUGUAGAUGGUCAGCCUGCCCCUUCUCAAAUUGUUGACGAGUUCUAUGACACGAAGGUAUCUGAUCUUGUUAAAUGUGUUUACCCUGCCGCCAAAUAAUAAAUAAAGCAAUACUUGUGAUACUUAUUAAGGCUUACACUGGUAUUCAUUCCCAAUACUCUUUUACUGCUUUCUAAACUGAACAAAGAAAUAAAGAAAGUGCAUACUUGUGCUCAU